GCCAUUCAUUUAUAUCGCAGCCGCUUCUAAGGCGCACCGGCACAUAGGUGAGAUAAGAGCUCUGACACUCAUCCCGCGAAGAGGGUAGAAGUGACUGGACAGGCCAGAGUCAACCCACACCGGCGCGCCUAUACACCCAGAUCAGAUUAAGAGGGUAGCACUUGGAGAAUUUUUGACGCAAGACGCGCAGGGGACAGCAGCGCACCGACCACACUUGGACGUGACAAACUACCUGCAGCUUAAUAUGGAGCGCAAAAUCCCCAAUUUCGCCGGCACCUGGCAGAUGAGGAGUUCUGAAAACUUCGACGAGCUUCUAAAAAAGUUGGCUGUGAAUGUGAUGCUGCGUGUGAUUGCGGUGAAGGCAGCCUCGAAGCCACUGGUGGAGAUCACGCAGGAUGGAGAGACGCUGUCUAUUAAAACCUCAACCACAGCGCGUACCACCCACAUCACCUUCACUGUGGGGCAGGAGUUCAGUGAGGCCACAGUGGAUGGGCGACCCUGCACGAGUUUUCCACGCUGGGAAACCGACACUAAGAUCAGCUGUGAGCAGACUCUGGUGAAAGGAGAAGGGCCUAAGACGUCCUGGUCCCGAGAGCUCACCAAUGACGGCAAACUGAUCCUGACCAUGAGAGCAGAUGAUGUGGUAUGCACCCGAGUCUACGAACGACAAUGAACAAGAGCACUUCUCACUUUUCAUCCCUCCAGCUCCCCCUCGCUCUACUGCAUCACCACUUGCAUCACUAUUCUGCUUUGUUAAGGCAGCGCUGGGAGAUAGCGGCCUAUAGUUUUAUUCCAGUAUCUUCACUAUGCUAGCUUCACCAUGUAAUAAGUGUGUAUUAAUUGUAUCUAGUGCUGUAUGUCCUGUAUCUACACAAUGGUCUUAGCUCCUUAGUUAUCCCUCUGUCCCCUCCAGCUCCAUCAAACGUGAACAGCUGGGUUUUUAAAACAUGUAUGUUGCAUUGUAUGUUGGAUUUGCUGAGUGACAGCUCAUUUAUUUGGCAUUGUAUGUGUGUGCUAGUAUGUGUGUGUGAGAGAGUUUGUGUGGCAGGAGAAGAGGUGUGAGACUAUAUUUGUAGAUGUGUAAACCAAUCUAUGAGCUCUUCCAGUUUCAGGUCAGUUUUUGAUGUGUCCCUCCUCUCUGUUCAUUUAGCCCAGCCCCACAACUUUAACCUUUUCUAUCUCACAACGACAUUUUAUAUUUAUUACUACACUAGGAGUCUGAUACAGUACUGCUAAAGUUUUUACUUUGUGUCUGUUUUAUAAGAAAUGUGAUCGUAGGAAAAAAAACACUUUCUAUGGGAAAACAAUAAAGCAUGGUAUUAACUAA